GCUGAUCAUCAAUCUCUCCACCCUCCUACACACAACUCCUGUCCGGAAAAAAAUCAUCAAUAUUUAUUUUUUUUUUAAACUUGAAAUAACGUAAAAUUAAUCAAUAAAUUAACAAUGAGUUUAACAAUAAUAUUAAAAAUUAAAACAACGAAAUGUUGAAGUUUUUUUGGAGUAAGUGGUGGAAAAAUAUCUUCCAGUUUUCAUCUUCCACUGUCAUAAUUAUUAUUUAAAUAAACAAUACAGCUGAGUAAAUAAUGAAUUUAAUAUUUUAUUCAAAGUGACACAAUCCAUCAAAAGAGUUUAAUACAAUUAUAUUUUAUAUCAAAUAAAUAGACUUUUUUUCUUUAUUUAUAAAAAAAAAAAAAAAAAAAGAAAAUGAGGGUAACAAUGUCUGCUAUUUUCUUCCUAAUAGCAAUUUUAUUUCUGUCAAUAUUUGUUGCAAAUGUUGCUAAUUUAAUUGCCACUGAUGCUGAUCGUGAUGUGCCUGAUGAUGAUCCUGGCAAUAAUUUACCACGUAAACAAUUAAAAAAAUAUGAUAUUGGUGAUUCUAAAGAUCAUUUAAUGUGGUUUCUACAGAUAUCAGAUAUUCAUAUAAGUAUAUUUACUGAUCCAUCAAGGAUAACACAAAUGAAAGAAUUUUGUGAUAUAACUGUUGAUGCUUUCAAUCCUCAUGUUGUACUGGCAAGUGGUGAUUUAACUGAUGCAAAAACAAAAGAUGCAAUGGGAUCAAAACAAUAUUUAAAUGAAUGGAAACAUUACAAACGAAUUCUUGAUGAAUCUGGUGUAACAAAAAAAACAGUUUGGCUAGAUGUCAGAGGAAAUCAUGAUAAUUUCAACGUGAUGCAUAUUAAAUCACCAGAUAAUUAUUAUCUAAAUUAUUCAGUUCAAGGACCAAAAUAUUCACGUUCUUAUGCACAUCAUAUUCAAGCUGGAAAUGAAAAAUAUUCAUUUAUUGCUGUUGAUGCUUGCUUGGAACCUGGUCCUCGUCGGCCUUUUAACUUUGUUGGUAUACUGACAAAUAACGAGAUUGAUAAAAUAAAAAAACUUGUUGAUGAAUCAAAAAAACUUGAUACUGAUUACACCGUUUGGUUUGGUCAUUAUCCAACUUCUGCAAUUUUAUCAAAAUAUAAAAAUGGCAUUCGUGAAAUAAUAGCGAGACAUGAUAAAGCAAUGGCUUAUUUAUGUGGACACUAUCACACUCUUGGUGGUUUAUCACCAGAAAUGUAUACACUCCAACGAGGUGGAUAUCUUGAACUUGAAUUAGCUGAUUGGAAAGACAACAGAAUGUUUCGCCUUGGUGUAAUUGAUCAUGGUCAAUUUUCAUUUAUUGACGUCAAGUAUGGAACAUGGCCAGUUGUUCUUAUUACAAAUCCAAAACAUGCAUUGUAUGCUAUGCCAAGUAGAGAAAAUAUUCAAUCAAUCAUUGAUUCUACUCACAUCAGAGUUCUUGCAUAUUCAACAAUAAGCAUCAAAAAAGUAAGCAUUAAAAUAAAUGAAAAUAGCUGGGUUGAUUGUAAUCACAUUGAUGGUCCUCUGUAUGUUGCUAAAUGGAAUACAUCAUUGUAUCGUAAAGGUAUUCAUCAUAUUUAUGCCAAAGUCAUUGAUGAUUAUGAUAGAAUCAAAGAAACAGUUCAACCAUUUUCAUUGGAUGGAACAAGAUUGUCAUUUAGAAUAUUUCCAAGAUUUAUUCUUAUGUCUGAUGCUAGCUCUAUUUUUGCUGUUUCAUUUGGAGUUAUGCUGAUGAUCAACGUACUUCCUCUGUGUUUUCUAAGAAUUUAUCAUAAAUUUUGUUUAACAAAACGCAUAAAACGUCCUCAUUUACCAAUAAAAUGUCUUCAAAUAUUGUUGAGAAAAUUUUGGAUACUUUCAACAAUUGAUUGGAUCUUUUAUCCAAUGGUUAUUUAUCCACUUUAUCUAGUUAUAGGACCAUGGGCAGCUGGUGAAGUUAUUGAGAAUCAAUUUGGUUGGGUUUUUGCCUGGGGAAUAUAUAUAGGCGAUUCUUAUCUUCCUGGAUCAUUUACUUAUGCAUAUGGAUUUGUUCAAUUGUUUACAUUUCAUAUGCCACUUAAUUUUAUUCUUGCUUACAUUGUUGACAGACGAUUUCAAUGGAUGGAAAAACCACCUCAAAAACAACCAACAAUGUUUCUUUUGCUAUGGAGAAAUUUAGCAUUUUUUUUGUUAAUAUCAAUGCAAACAAGUAUGGCAUAUUUUUUUUGGCUUGCUUAUGGAACUGUUGCAACUGUUUUUUGUCCAUUAAGAACUUGGUCAAUAAUUAUGGCUUUGAUACUUUGGUAUCAUGCAAAUCGACUACAAAACAAUCAUUUAAGAUCUGCUGCAUUUGUGUGGAGGCUUACAAAGCAAUAUUCAAUAAAUGAUUAGAGAUCCUCCUAGACUGAUAAUACCAAAAAAAAAAAAAAAAACACUUAAAAAUUAAAGGUAGGUGAUGAAAAAAUUUUCAAAUUG